UUGCCAGAGUUUGUUCCUGUUCAGUUGUGUAAGAGCGAAGAAGCAUGGAGAAGAUGACUGGAGUGGUGUUGGCGGUCUGGCUGUUGGCCUUGCCUAUUUGCUGUGAUAGUAAACCUGGCGCCAGUGAGCGGGGCUGCAAAUCUGCCUCUCAACGAAGCUUUAUUGGCAUACAAACCAACGACAGCAACUGUGGUUCCGGUUUCAAAGUCAAUGAAUUUGCUGAAUCAGUACUGACCAGUGGAUUGACUACAGUCUUCUUGCCUUUGGUUUACAUUAUUGUGUUCAUCAUUGGUUUGCCUGUGAAUGCUAUGGCACUGUGGGUUUUUAUCUAUCGAACCAAAAUGAAACACCCUGCAGCAAUUUACAUGGCUAAUUUGGCUUUGGCAGAUCUUCUGUUCAUUAUUUGGUUCCCAUUGAAAAUUUCCUAUCACCUAAAUGGCAACAAUUGGACGUAUGGAGAAGGACUAUGCAAGGUGCUAGUGGUUUUCUUCUAUGGAAACAUGUACUGUUCAAUUCUGUUCAUGACCUGCCUCAGUGUUCAAAGAUAUUGGGUUGUUGUAAAUCCAAUAUCUCAAACAAGGAGAAAGACACACAUUGCUUAUGGUGUAUCUAUUUUUAUUUGGAUAAUGAUUAUAUUGGGGACAAUGCCAUUGUAUUUAAAUAUUCAGCAAACUGUCAAAAUUGUCAAUCUUGAUAUAACAACCUGUCAUGAUGUGCUACCUGAAGAGCAAUUGGCCUCAAGCAUGUUUGACUAUUUUCUGUCUCUGGCUAUUGGCGUAUACUUCUUUCCAGCAUUACUGACAGUAACUGCUUACGUAUUGAUGAUCAAAACAUUGAAAGCCUCCAGUAAUGAAGAUAGCAUUGGGAAAAGCCGCAAGAGAGCAAUUGAGUUGAUUAUUACUGUUCUCAUCAUGUAUUUAGUUUGCUUUACUCCUAGUAAUAUUAUACUUGUUGUUCACUAUUCUCUUCUAAAACAUGGGAAUGACAAUGUUUAUGCUUUCUAUAUUGUAAGUCUUUGCCUGUCAACCAUUAAUAGUUGCAUUGAUCCCUUUGUCUAUUACUUUGUUUCCAAAGACUUCAGAGAUCAUGUUAAAAAUACACUGCGGUGUCGUAGUGUGAGGACAGUUAGAAGCAUCCAGGCUUCCUUUGCAUCUAAGAAACAAUCAAAAAGAUCUGGUUCUUAUACUUCUGCCAGUAAAAUUACCACCACUUCAACAACCAACUGUUGACUGUUAGUGUGAAUCCAUAGUUUCUCAAUUUCUCAAAUCCAUUGUUUAGCUUUAUGGAAAAAGCUAAAGCUGAAUUACUUGAGUAAAUUUGGCCACUUUUUAAGUAUUGUUGGUCAUAUCUUGCAGUAUUUAUUCCUGUUCAAGAGCACUGUUUGCACAAUUGCUGAACAACACAAUGGUUGCUGACUUAUAAUAUGGGAACCAAACAAUUAUUCUAUUGUAUUUUACUUUAGUGUAAAUAUUAAUGGUCCUACAUAUUUAACUAUUUCAAGUUUAAUCCUUUUUUAAAUAUUGUCAGAUGAGAACACCUUUGUUUUCACCUUUUAAACAUGUAUAUAACUGCCAUACUGUGACUUUUGUUUUAAGAUCGAAUGCAUUAAGUUGGUAUCUGUGAACCUGUCUAUAAUUGGAGG